UUAUUUUUACGAAAGAUAAUAUUUAUUUCAUUUCAUAGUUUAUCGUUAAGAUAUAUUUUUUCAUUUUUACUGGAACACAAGUAUUUUAUGUGUGAACUUAUUUGAGCUGCUGAUAAGAGUAUUUUCUAACUCUUGUUUCUUGUUUCAGCGUCUCUUACACAAUCCAGAGCGUCUGUGUCCUGUGGUCCUUCUUUACCCAUCACACUAAUACAGCACAAAGCAGAGUCCCAGGGUUUAUAAAGCGGCAGUGGGACAUUUGGGUUACAUAACUGCCAAAUUAACGUUGGUCAAAAACAGGUCUCGUCGUGAGCUGACAUCGGUCCUUAGACCGGUUUUUAAAAAUGUUUGUUUGCCAUUGAUUUUACAAUAUUAAUAAUAUAAUUUACAUAUCAUUGAGUUUGAUAUAUUUAACAUCCAGCGAUAUUGGACAUGACAUGACGUCCAUGUGACCUGGAUCUUCGACCAUGUUCUUCAAAAUGUUUGGUGGGGACCUACAAAGGUGUGGUGUGUGAUUUUAUUGUAAUACAAAUUGGCAAUUUGUUUCCCAAGCAUCUUCAGAGAGACAAUGGGUACGCACGAUUUUUAUUGGGAAGCUUUCACAAGCUAUAGCAACUUCAUCUACCCGUUCAUUUUAUAAUCAAAUUAUAUCUUAAUGACCCUGCACAUGUUAAGCUCUUUAUCUAAUACUGAUGGUCAGGGUUUAUGUUUUAAAUGGCCUUAUGUUUGUUUUUGACAUGGUACAAAAUUAACCAAGGACUCUUUUUGCCGAGAUGGAAUUAAAGAAUAUCUGUACAAAUUUAAACUCACAUUAAUUUGAACAAAUAUUUUUUCAUUAAAAUACCGCACCAAAAAUUUGUGGUCCCUCUGUCUCUUUUUCUCAACACAUCCUGCCCCUCAACAUUGUCCAUGUUGCCAUUCAGGGCCCUUUGAUUAGAGAUUGUUGUUGCUUCUGGCCACCACAGAGCCCAGUCAGAGCAGUGGCUGACUGAUUUGACCCUGUCGUCAUCUUGAAAUGACAAUAUAUAUAAAGCCCAUCCUGCUGGUAUCCACUGAGUUCACCUUUCCAUCUGACUAAGGUAAGCCCACAUAAUGCUUUAUCACACUUUAAACCACUGCUCUCCAAGUCAAAUUUGAAAUGGAAAUGUUUAUUAAGUAAUUGUGUAUCUUUACCAAAUAUUUUGUGAUGUUCCUUAACUAUUACAGGUUUUGUAGGUAAUGUAUUGACAUUAUUUGCGGUAACUUCUUUAAUUUUAUACCAUUCAAAUUAUUCUUGUUUUAUGAAUAACCCUACUCUAUCAGAUUUUCUUUUCAGAAGUAUAUUUUAAUGGAUAUCCUGCUAAAACCACUCAUAUACAUAUCACUUGCUAUACAAAAAAUGCAGGGGCUGUAAAGACAGUGGACAGGAUAAGCAGAGACAAGUGAUUUUUUCUAUGUUUUAUCAAAACAAUUCGUUCCACAAUCCUUAAUUAUCAACAACUACAACAGAAAUAUAAUCAAGUUAGCUCUUAGUAAAUUAUGCAAGCAAGCAGACGUAAUGUUGGGUGUGAACAGCCUGAAAAUUGCAUGUUGUCAUGGCAGAAUACAGUACGAUGUGACAGAUAUAAUUAAGAGUCAAGCAUUACUCUAAUUUUUCUGUGUCAUUUAUCACCGAAAAAUAGCAAAAAUAUACAUUGUAUUAUUUGUAGUAUUAUAUAUGGUGUAGUGUAUGACUCACGUUGUCAUGAUCAGAAUUUUAUACAAAUUGUAUGGCACAUGAUCUUUCUGCAUAUCAUUCAUAUGUUUCAUGUCUGAUUUUCUGCAGGUUCUUUGCAUAAGGGUACCCAAACCCCAGAGCCACUGUUGUUUCUAUAUCAAUGAUGUAAUCAUGUCUCUUUCAUGUUGCGGAAAGCGUUGUUGAAUUUACUUAAACCCUCUCUCACCACCAACCUUUCCCAUUCCUCUCUCCCUCCCUCCCUCCCUCUAUCUCUCCCUCCCUCCCAUCCUCCCAGUUCAAUGGAGCCAGAGUUCUGCUACGGGAACGGCUCGUGUGUGAGGACGGUCUACCCUGUUGCUGUCCGCGUCACACUCUACUUGGUCUUGGGGUCUGCGGUGGUCCUAACGGUGCUGGGAAACCUCUUCGUGAUCGUGGCCAUUUCUCACUUUAAGCAACUCCACACGCCCACCAACUACCUGACCCUCUCCCUGGCCGUAACUGACCUCCUCCUGGGGGUUCUGGUCAUGUUCCCCGGUAUGAUUCGUGCCGUUGAGACCUGCUGGUACUUUGGGGAGAUGUUCUGCAGGCUCUUCCUUAGCUAUGACAUCUUGCUGUGCACCGCGUCCAUCAUGAACCUGUCCUUUAUAUCCAUCGACCGCUAUUAUGCCGUGUGCCACCCUAUGCUCUACCCCCGUAAGAUAACGGUUCACACCGCAGUCGUCAUGAUCCUGGUCACAUGGUGUGUCUCGGCUGUGGUUGGCUUCGGGAUGAUCUUCCUCGAGCUAAAUAUUUUGGGAAUGGAGGAGUUGUACUAUAACAACUUGGCUUGUGAAGGAGGGUGCGCUUUGUUUACGACUGUUGUCGCCAGCACUGUCUCGGCGAUCAUCUCUUUCUACCUCCCCGGGGUCAUCAUGCUGGCCAUCUACCUGAAGAUCUACAUGGUUGCCCAGAGACAGGUUCGCACCACAGGCGUAAAGAACACCAGCUCCUCCAAGGUGGACAAGCACCAGAGGAAAGCCACCAAAACACUGGCCAUCAUCAUGGGCGUGUUUCUGUCACUCUGGACACCGUUUUUCCUCUGUUACAUCAUCGACCCCUACAUCGGCUACUCCUUUCAGCCCGCCUUGUUCGACACACUCGUGUGGCUGGGGUAUCUGAAUUCAACCAUCAACCCGUUGGUGUACGCCUUCUUCUACAGUUGGUUCAGGAAGGCGUUUCAAAUCAUCGUUUCUGGUCGCAUCUUUCGGUCUGACAUGUCGGACACAAAACUAUUUGUAGAGUGACAGUGCUUUCAUGUUGAGGCCUCCCAGAAUAAGAACUGGAUCCCGGAAAAUAACUGCUUAUCAACUGCUUGGUGGAAAUUCUAAUCAAUUAAAAAUGUAUGGCCUAUUAAAUCGGUUUAUUCACCAUUCAAAAAAUAUUUUUUUUUCUUGAAACCC